AUGUUUUUAGAUUAGUUAAACAAAAUGGGAAAUAUACCAUUAUUCGGAAAUGAUAAUGAUAGUGGUUUACAAGUAUCAAGAAAUAAAUUAGCUUCUGAUGAAUGGAUUUCAAAAUGUUGUGGCGAAAUAAGCUAUAAAAUCGGAAGUGAUUGGUUUAGAUAGGGACGGCACCUAGGCCUAAGCGAUUCCGAUCUUGAUAAUAUUAAAUACGAUAACAAUAAAUGUUUUGAGAAGGCUGAUAAUGUUUUACAAAUAUAUAAACAUAGAAAUGGAAAUCUUUCAUGGGAGCAAUUGAAAAGAGAGUUAGAAGCUUUUAAGCGUUUUGAUAUAGUACUUGAAAUAGAGAGGCAAUUUGGAGAUUACUUACUUAGUCAAGAAAAUAUGAGCAACAAAACUGUUGAUUUGUCUCAAGAACCAAGAAAAGAUUUCAAAAAAGAAAAUCAACAACCUGAUUUAAAUGGCAGUAAACAAGAAUCAACUGUAGUUGAUAAAAAAAGUAUCCAAGAAAAACAACCACCUAUUUCAAAUAGCGAUGGUCAGAAGUCAACUGUAGAAGAUAAGAUAAGUAUUCAAGAAAAUCAACAACCUGAUUUAAAUGGCAGUGAACAGGAAUCAACUGUAGUUGAUAAAAAAGUUAUCCAAGAUAAACAACAACCUAUUUCAAAUAGCGAUAGCCAGAAAUCAACUGUAGAAGAUAAAAUAAGUAUUCAAGAGAAUCAAUUUUCGCUUUCAAGAGACAAUGGAGUUUUUCAUAGCGAUGUUAAAGAUAUGUUAAAUAUGGAUGCAAUCAAUAUUAAAAGUAUUGAUUACAAUAAUCUUAUAAAAAACGGGGUUUUUGCUGAAUGUGCAUUUGGAAAGGUCACUCUUUACACUGAUAAAAAUACAGGCAAAAAACUAGCAAUAAAAUGUAUCAAAGUUGGAAAUACAAAAGCUAAUAAGGAAGCUAAAGAAGCAUUGGAAAAAUUUAAAUCUGAAAUUUCACUUUUUCAAGCUUUACAUCAUAAACGAAUUGUGGAAUACUAUGAUGCUAUUUAUAAAGACACAUCAAUCUCCCUUGUUAUGGAAUACAUGGAAAGGGGAUCUCUUCAUGAUAAAAUAUCAAAUGAUGGUGCUUUAGACGAAAAAACAGCUUCGAAAAUGUCUUAUCAAAUUCUUGAUGGUUUGAGUUAUUUACACAGUAAAAAAAUUAUACACAGGGAUCUUAAAUGUGCCAAUAUCUUGUUAGAUUUAAAUGGUAACUGUAAAAUUGCCGAUUUUGGAAUAUCGAAAAAGAUAGAAACGAUUCGUUCUCAGACAGGUUGUAAUACAUAUACUGGGACAUACCACUGGAUGGCUCCUGAAGUUCUUCGUCAAGUCAAAUAUGGAAACAAGGCUGACAUAUGGUCGUUUGGUUGUACUGUGUUUGCGAUGCUAUUGAAAAACCUUCCAUGGUCUCAUUUAGAAGGUGUGAUUGCUGCGAUUGAAAUCGCUACAAAUCCAACGAUACCCGAUCUGCCUGAUAACUUGUCUAAAUCAUGCAAAAUAUUUAUAACUGAUUGCUUUAAUAGUGACCCGGCAUUUCGACCAAGUGCCUUGACAUUGUUAACUUAUGAUUGGAUUAAAAUAUACAGUUCAUAAUGAAUCGAUAAUGAAGUUUAUGACAGUGUAAUGCAUGAAUCAUCAUUAUGAUUGUUACAUUUCACUGUUUGUUUGUUUUUUACCAUUUUUAUACACACUUUUUAAAUACUUGUAUACCAUUUAUUAAUAUCAUUUUUUAAUACUUAGAUAGUUUUUUGUUAUUUCUAUAAUUUUUUUAAAUUCUGAAGUCUACUUUUAACAUCUUUAUUUUUUUAAUCUUUGUUUUAUUAACAUAAAAUUUGUCUUUUUAUAACGACCUUUUAAAAGCUUUCAAUGGUAAUUAAUACUUCGUUAAAAUUUUGUAAAAAACAGAUAGUAAGAAUUUGUUUAGCUAAAAUAUUAAAAUCAUAAUUAAUAUUUUAUAAUAAAUAUGAAAAAAAAAAUUGUUUACACGCUUUGAUAAAUAAACGCUACUUUUAUGAACUUUGACGAAACAACUUUUUUUUUUACAAUAUUGUAUAUAGGAAUAGAUUUUUUAAUUUUACCUAUUUUUUUUUUAUAAUUUUAGCUGCUUUUGUUUGUUUUGUUUUUCUUAUUUUUUGUAUAAUACACGGUUAAAAAUAAUGUGGACAAAAAACGCUACACUUAGUGUAGCAUCUUUUUGGCUACACAAAUUGUGCCCUUUAAGUCUACACUUGUGCGCUUUAGAGCCACACUUGUAAUAAUGAAAUUAAACUUGAUUAAAGGCGUAAAAAAAGCCACACUUUGUGUUUCACUUUCUUGGAUUCUCGUAUCGAAUUAUUCGGAAAAGAAUCUUGUUUCUAGCGACAUUUUCUUUUUGUAAACCUUUUAAAAUUUUGCUAAAAAUAUUAGUGUAACUUUUAUUGUUGCAUGUUAAUUUUAGGCACAACUUUUUCAUAUAAAAAUAUUUAAUAUUUUUAAAAGAAAAAUUUGUAAUACUUUAGUAAUACAGUAGAAUCCCGUUAACGCGGACACUGAACAAGUAUAUAUAUUUUGUCCCACUUAGCUAAUGUCCGAGUUAAGCGCAGCUUUUGGUAUGUAUAAAGAAUUCAAGGGAAAUUGAAAAUUUGUCCGACUUUGUAAAAGUUCGAUUUAUCCAGGGUCCGAGGCAGCGGGAUUCUACUGUAUAAUAUUAAAUAUGUUUAGCGAGGAAAAUAUCGACUUUCAGUUGUCAAAAAUAUUAA